AUGACGGCGGAGAAGGCGGCGGCGGCCAAGGCGGCGGAUGAAUCGGCGCCUCACCCUGUCAAGGACCAGCUCCCCGGCGUCGAUUUCUGCGUCAACAGCAAUCCUUCAUGGCUUCAAGCAAUUAUUCUUGGAUUUCAGCACUAUUUGGUAAUGCUUGGGACCACUGUGAUAAUUCCCACCAUAAUUGUACCUUACAUGGGUGGUACCAAUUUGGAGAAGGCUCAAGUGAUACAAACUCUGCUGUUUGUUUCUGGGCUCAACACAUUGUUACAAACCUGGUUCGGGACCCGGCUGCCCGUGGUCAUUGGUGGCUCAUUUAGAUUCAUUGUCCCGUCUCUAUAUGUCGCGUUUGCCGGGAGAUAUUUCUUCAAUUUUCAUCCUUAUCUGAGGUUUAUUUGGACGAUGAGGGCAAUACAAGGAGCCCUCAUGUUCGCCUCCUUACUUCCCAUGUUGCUCGGUUUCCUCGGACUUUGGAGAAUUGUUGUGAGGUUCUUGAGUCCACUUUCUUCUGUGCCUCUAGUGGCUCUUGUUGGACUCGGUCUCUAUGAACAGGGAUUCCCACUGCUUGCAGAAUGUGUGGAAAUUGGGCUUCCGGAACUAAUUAUUCUCGUUUUGUUUUCUCAUUACAUCCCUCACAUGUUGAGUUCGAAGCGCCCGAUUUAUGACCGUUAUGCCGUCCUAUUGUCAGUGGGGAUAGUAUGGGCUUAUGCAGCCCUUCUUACAGUGGCCGGUGCAUACAGAUAUCGGUCACUGAACACUCAGUUAAGUUGUCGUGUGGAUAGUUCGGGACUUGUAAGAGUAUCCUCAUGGAUUACCCUUCCGUACCCGAUUCAGUGGGGUCGACCCAGUCUACAUGUUGGAGAAGUCCUUGUCAUGCUGGUAGCAGCUUUUGUUGCAAUGGUCGAGUCGACUGGGGCAUUUAUUGCUGCAGCUAGAUAUGGAAGUUCUACUCAUCCACCAGCUUCUGUAAUUAGCCGAGGGAUUGGAUGGCUGGGAGUUGGUAUGCUUCUCGAUGGUCUAUUCGGUACAGGAAGUGGAUCGACCGUAUCAGUUGAAAAUGUAGGACUGCUGGCUCUUACACGAGUUGGAAGCCGAAGGGUGAUUCAGAUUUCAGCCCUUUUCAUGCUUUUCUUUUCGAUCUUCGGAAAGUUCGGAGCUAUUGUCGCUUCCAUUCCACUGCCAAUAGUUGGUGCUUUGUAUUGCGUCCUGUUUGCUCUCAUGUCAUCUGCAAGUCUCGGCUUACUGCAAUAUUGCAACCUCAACAGCUUCAGAACAAAGUUCAUCAUAGGCUUUUCCUUCUUCAUGGGCCUCUCGGUGCCGAGGUAUUUCAGCAACUAUGUCUUGACUUCGGGUCAUGGCCCAAUCCACACUCAUUCUAUAUGGUUCAACAAAAUGAUGCUAGUGAUAUUUACAUCCCCAGCAGUGGUGGCCGGUUUAGUUGCCUACUUUCUCGACCUCACAGUCGCGCGCAAACACGGGUCGACCAGAAGAGACAGUGGGCGCCACUGGUGGGCCAAGUUCAAGGAUUUCGACAAGGACCCGAGGAGCGCAGAAUUUUAUUCACUUCCGUACGGGCUCUCUAAGUAUUUCCCUUCGCACUAA